CUGUUUUAUACCCCCAAACUGUCCCACUAUGAUUGACGACAACCGAAAGAUCGGCAUCGGGCUGUGCCUCCUGGGCCUCGUAUGCUUCUUCUUGGGCGUUAUAUUCUUCUUCGAUAGAGCAUUGUUGGCUUUAGGAAAUAUGGCGUUCCUUGUGGGGCUUUCGUUCUUGCUCGGUAUACACAAGACGUCGCGUUUCUUCCUUCGGAAAGAAAAGGCAACAGGUUCGGUAUGUUUUUUCGCUGGUUUCGCCCUGGUCAUCUACGGCUAUGCAUUUGUCGGCUUUCUCGUGGAGGCUUACGGCUUUUGGAAAUUAUUUGCAGCUUUCCUUCCCAACGUAAUGCACUCACUGAAGUUGAUACCGGGCGUUGGCUUCAUACUCAGCGUGCCGCCUCUGAAAUGGGUUGCAGACUAUGCUUACGAUCAGCGAAGACUUCCGUUGUAAGUGCAUCGUGGAUUGUCACCGAGCUGGGGUGGUGAUUGCAGUGUUAUCGAUCAUCAUCAUCAUCAUCAUCAUCAUCACUGAGGCACAUUGAGCAGCGGCCCAUCGUCGGCGUCCCAUUAUAGCUGUACAUUUGUCAUCCUCAUCGUCGUAGUUGGUGAUAGUAAGCAGCGAUGCUUCGAAAGGUGGAGCAGU